AUGUCGUUCAAACUGAAAGCCGUCUUCAAUAGAGAAGAGCACAAUUGGCACAUCCAUUUGAAAGGAGCAAAGGAGAUCAUAAGGCAACAGCGCACAGAUACGCCCGGCGCAAGCUCAGAUUUCCUUCUUACUUGGUGGCUAUAUCACGAUGUUUUGGCUGCUUUCAACCAUCCAUCAUGGCGACUUGACGAAAACCAUGGCUCCGUCUCAACAUCCGCUCUUUGCGCUUUCAGUGGCGGCAAGUCUCUUAUCGUGGGGUCCUUGGGCUGUUCUGUUGAAGUGCUUGAGAUUAUUGACGAGAUCAACAUGAUGCGACUUCACUCGGCGCAUGAUUGUCAGAGCACCUCGACGCUACAAAGGUGCGAUUUGGCAAUGAAGCUUCACAAUCUCCGAAAGUCACUUGCGCCCAUCGAGUACUCUGAUGGCUUAAGAUCACAACGCAUCCUGGCCAUCGCUGAGUUAUAUCGCCUAGCGACAUUGCUCUAUCUUCAGCGCGUGCAUCCCAUCGCGGCUCGUCAAGUAGUUGUUGGACAAGAGGUUUCGUGA